AUGACUACCAGAGAAGCCUCCGUCGAAAUCAUCACUACUGUACCCCAGAAAUUCUGGCUGGCUAAGACAUUCGUCUUAUGGGAUCUGGAAGAUUGCCCAGUCCCUCCUGAUCUCACUGCUGCUUCGGUCUAUUGUAAUAUCUUAUCAGCUAUCGGUAAUAUGGGUUACAUUGGUAGCUUUUAUCUCCAUGCUUAUUCUCUUAAGAACGAACCAGAGUUUGUUCAAGGGCUUGAACAAGCCUUUGGAUUUAAGCUUGAAUACACCAAAAUCAAGAUUUUUCGACCAGAAAGUAUUCGUGCAAAACGUGAACAUAUAGUUGGGGACAUUUAUGAGUGGCAGUUAAGUAAUCGCAAUGAACCAACAAAUAUCUUGCUAAUCUCAGGAGAGAUCCUCGACUGCAAUCAAUACGUCGGGGCUCUCCAACUCUCUAUAGAUUACAAUGGCAAUGUUCUCUUGGCACUUCCUAGAGACCCAUCUGAAUCGGUAAUUGGUGUUUCAAGAUCAAUUUGGCUUUGGUCUAGUCUAUCAAAAGGAGGGGACCCUCUCAUUGAGGAAACCAAAAGCUUGGAAGUCGUUAAUACUCUAUCUACUCCUCCUCGCACUGAACCGCCACUACUAUGUCUUAACUGUUAUAAGAAGCCGAUUGACACAACAGAACCCGUAUGCCAACAAACCAGCAUUCUGGACAAAUUCUCCUCGGCUGAGGUAGGCGUCUUAUGGGAUCUGGAUGUUUGUCCAAUCCCAUGUGGUCUCACUCCUGGGCGGAUCUAUCCUAAUAUCAAAACAGCUCUCCGUAAUAUGGGUUACUAUGUUAUAAGAAGCCGAUUAACACACAACCUGUAUGCCAACAAACCAGCAGCAUUCCGGACAAAUUUUCCUGCGUCUUGGGAUCUGGAUGUUUGUCCAAUCCCAUGUGGUCUCACUCCUGCGUGGAUCUAUUCUAAUAUCAAAACAGCUCUCCAUAAUAUGGGUUACUAUGGUAAGGUCUAUGUCUCUGCUCUUGAGAAGCUCGUGAACAUAGAAGAGUUUAAAUCUGCCAGAAUCAACCUUGUGCAACCAGAAAAUGGUCGUGCAAAACGUGAUAACAUGAUUACGGACGUUUAUAUGUGGGGAAUAAACCAUCGUCUUGCACCAACAAAUUUGAUGCCUAUCAAAUGGAGGGAGCCCUCUAAGCUCGCACAGUGGACUAUGUCUUUCCUGAAGGUGGAUGCGUUCCGACUCAAGGGAUUAAACCGUGAUCGUCAACCUCCUGCUGGAAUUAGGAUUACGUUGUCCAAAGCAUGGAAGUUGGAGGGUAGAAAGUUUUGUUUCCGUUGCGGAGCUUUAACUCAAGCUGAAAGUGAGUGUAAUGAGGCACAACAGAUUCAACCAAUGUUUGAGGAACUGCCUAAUCCUUAUCAGAUUGUUCCGCAAGAAGAAGGGUCAAAGCCAUGA